UAUCAUGAUGUAAUAAUCUAAUCAGUCUUUUGGCAGAACCCUUUCAACGGAUGUGAUUCAAAUAAUCAAAUUAUUGUGUGCUAAUAUGUGGUAAUACAAGUGUAUGUAGCAAAGUGGACCUAUUGUUUGCGUAGGGACCCAAGGGCUCAAGGAGUACCCUGGUCCCAAGGUCCCAAGGUGUGGCAUAAUUGGAGUUCCAAGGUAGGCAUGGGGGAUGGUAAUGGGAAAAGGGAGUUUCAACUGGUCCCUAAAUUUGAGAGGAAGGGUCAAGACAUUUUGAAAGGUGGCUGCACAAGGGAGUUACAGGUUUUAUUGCAUCCUCAUGGGCCAUGGUUCAUAUUCACACCUGACGGUAAGUCACUUCAAGUGUGGAACUAUGACAGCGGAACACGGGUUGGUACUUGGGUAACCCCCGGUGUGGAUGAUGUUCUAUAUGCACGUAUGAUGCAUGUAAACAACUGGAUUUUGGUGAAGAGGAAGAAAAGUUUUUGUAUCUACGAAAAUCAAGGUAACAACUUGCGGUGCAUAAAGGUGCUAACAGGGGAGACUGGUGAUGAGGUUGCAUUUGGAGCAUGCGUCCAUCGGUCCUUGCCUUAUCUUUUGACUUGUUUCAAUCAGCCGAACUUCUAUCUGUGGGAUUUACUCGAAGGUGGUUAUCAAGAUGUAUACCGCGUGAAAUUUCAUCCGACAGAUUCCGAGAUAUUUGCAAGUAUAUCAGGCGAUGACACAAUCAAGGUCUGGGACUUGCCGACGAGGUCGGUUAUCAAAACGCUCAUGGACACCGGCAAAGGGUAUGUAGAAGGAUUGGCAUUCUGCGACAGAGCCCAAAAGUCACUUGUGAUCUCACACCGCUCCCAAGGAGGAACUGUACGCAUUUGGGACUACAGGAGGGGAGUUCGCAUGGCAAGAUGGGAAACACACAAGGAGAACGUCUGCCAGGCCCUUUUUCAUCCCCGUAUGCCUUACAUCUUCACUGCAUCAGCAAAUGGAGAAAUAAAAGUGUGGGAAGAAUCGAGCUACCAGCAGGUCUUAUCCUAUUCCUACGAUAAGCUUUGGAAUAUGAGCCUCUGUGAACACUCUAAUAUUCUUGCUCUUGGUGGCAAGGGGGAGUUCCGUGUAUUAGAGGUAGUUACCCAAAAGGUAAAAAAGAGAAGGGAAGGGCUUGCCUGUGCUAUGGUGGGAUUGGAGAAGAAGAUUGAGCAAGAGAUGACAAAAGUUGAGCUGAACUGCAAGAAAGUGAUUGAGGAAUUGAGAGCAGAGCAUCAGAGGAAGGAGAUGAUCGUAGCAGAAAGGUUUGUGCAAUUGGAGACACAGAUGAAAACAAUGGUGGAGAGGCUUGAAAAAUCAAAACUGACAAUUCAGGAGGUGGAAGGCAAACUAGCACAGGAGGUCAGCGCACGAAAGAUGUCCGACGAAUGCAGAGCACAUCUAGCGGAUAGGGUAUCUCAACUAGAAUUUGAGAGGGACACACAGGCAGAGAAACUCAAGGAACUAGAGAAAAGAUUGGACACAGAGUUUGUGGAUGCGUGCACAACGGACAGUCCUUUGCUUCUCCGGGAGUUUUCAGGCAAGGAACUUCGAGAUGCAACAUGUAAUUUUGAUGUGAAGUGUGCCGAAGGGGAUCCAAAGGAACAGAUCUACGUAGGCAAGCUUGGCGAUGGGACUCUGGUUACGGUAAGACGGUUGAGGGAUGCAAAUACAAAUGCAAUUAUUCCUCCUGCCAAGUUCAAGUCAACUGUUGUCGACAGGUUAAGAUUGCUCCGGCAUCCCCAUCUGGUGACCCUGCUAGGUGUCUGCUAUGAAGAGAGCAGUCUGGUUUAUGAGCACAUGGCAUGUGGAAAUCUGAAGGAUUGGAUAAUUGCAUGUGAAGGAAAACGCACACGAGGACUUUUGCCAUGGUAUGUGCGCUUCCGUAUCAUGGCUGAGAUUGCUCGAGGUUUGUGCUUUCUACAGUCUGAUCCAUUGGCCUCUGGUGGUGGUCCCGUCAUCCAUCGUGCUAUCAGACCAACAAACAUCCUGUUGGACAACAACUUCGUGGCAAAGAUUGGUGGCAUAGACAAGGCACUGCUUGACUCAGAACCAGAUGAUGGACUACGGCAGGGAGGGAACAAAGUGUCGGAACUUGGAGGGAAUUACUCUGACUACGUUGCCCCAGAGUGUUGGAAGUCCGGACUUUUCAAUGAGAAGACGGAUAUUUAUUCGCUUGGCAUCACUCUUCUGGAAAUGCUGACCGGAAAUGUUUCAACUGCAUUUGAGGUGAUUGAUGAUGUUAUUGAAGACAACACAGCUUUUGAGAGUGCGCUCGAUGCAAAUGCAGGCUUGUGGGAUGUGAAUUUGGUUCGGGAAGUGGCCAGGUUGGGGUUGAGCUCCGCUGAUCGCAACAGACGUAAACGGCCAAGCAUGAUGACACCUGACAUAGGCAUUCUACCUGUGCUGGAGGGAAUUGCAAGGAAGGUAGAACUUGCAGAGACUGGAAAGGACACUUAGAAAGGACGUCUGGCGCAUACCCAUCUGGCACAUACUGAAGCGGUGGGGCUCAUGUCAGCACAACCGGU